AUGCUUUCCAAGCUCAUCUCGACCUCCGCGGUCGUCCUGCUGUCGGCCAGCAUGGCCACUGCUCAGACCUCGUCUCUGUGCAACCCUGUCAAGGGCCAGAAGUGCCCGGACGACCCUGCCUUCGGCGGCGUCGUCAAUAUUGACUUCACCAAGGGCGCCAGCAAGUACUUCAAACUUGCCGACGGCACCGACCUGAACUACGACCCGUCGAAGGGCGCCGAAUUUAGCAUCGCCGCCGACACCAACGCUCCCACCAUCACGUCCACCAAGUACCUGUUCUUCGGUACCGUCGAGGCCGUCAUCCAGGUUGCCCCUGGCACUGGUAUUGUCACCUCAUUCGUCCUGCAGUCCGACGACCUGGACGAGGUCGACUGGGAGUGGCUGGGCGGUGACACCGCCCAAGUUCAGACCAACUACUUCUCCAAGGGCGACACCUCGAGCUACGACCGUGGUGGCACUUCGCCGGUCAGCAACCCGCAGUCCGAGUUCCACAACUACACUCUGGAUUGGACCCCCGAGGCCCUGACGUGGUCGAUUGACGGCGCCGUUGUCCGCACCCUGACCUACAACGACGCCAAGGGCGGCACCACCUACCCCCAGACCCCCAUGCAGAUCAAGCUCGGCACCUGGGAUGCCGGAGGAGCCUCGCAGCCCGACGGCACCGCCGAGUGGGCUGGUGGCCGCACUCCCUUCGGCCCCGGCUCUGGCGCCCCCUACGUUGCUUACUACAAGAGCAUCACGGUGACGGACCGCUCCAACGGCGUCUCGGGCGCUUCCUCGUACACGUACACCGAUACCAGCGGCACCUACAGCAGCAUCAAGGUCAACACUGGCGGUAGCACGGACGGCGACAACAACUCCACCGAGACCACCACCUCCAAGACCUCGACCAAGGCGUCGACCACCUCGACCAAGGCUUCGACUACCUCGACUUCGACCAAGGAGUCCACCACCUCGUCGUCAACCAAGGAGUCCACCACCAAGGCCCACACCACCGCCACCACUCUGGUCCCGACCACCGCUGUCGGCUCCGGCAACAAGACCACCACGGCCACCACCCACUCCCAGACCAGCCCCACCCCCUCCGCCACGACCGUCAACACCAACGGCGUCGCCAAGGUCGCUGUCAACAUCUUCGGCGCUGCUGCUGCCAUGGUCGCUGCCUUUGCUCUUCUGUAA